AUGGCUUCCCUCGAUGGCGACGACCGGUUUGCGAGGCUGGUAGUCUGGUCACAGUCACUUGGAGGCAGACUGCACGAGGCGGCCGAGAUUUAUCGUGACGACGUGACCCAAAUUUCGCUGAGAGUGCGGUCGAAAAAUGGGGAAGAGAAGCAGCUUGAAUCUGGCGAAGAGGCAAUUUUUUGCCCGCUGUCGACUACCCUAUCGUACCUGAACGCCCUCGAAGGAGGACGGCCGCUAGGUUCCUCUGCCGCAGAAGAAGCAGGGCUAUCUCCAGGCCGGCUGACUUUUCCGAACAGUUUCUUGGAGCAGGCUCCGCCGCAUGUCAUCGGCCGGUUCUUUCUCAUGCAACAAUACCUGAUGGGCCAACAGUCGCACUGGCAUGCAUAUAUUGCAUCUCUGCCGCAGCCUGAGCAUGUUAGCUCGUGGAACCUGCCGGCGCUGUGGCCACGGAACGGUGAGGAUGCUGAAAGCGGCCCGGCCCUGCUCGAGGGAACCAAUGCAGGUAUUGCUGCGGCAGAGAUGCAAGCAAAUGUGGCACAGGAGUACCGGCAGGCAAGGCGGCUUUUGAAGAGCGUGGCGUAUCCAGCGCUGGCCGAAUUCACACGGCUGCUGUACCACUGGGCGUUUUGUAUCUUCACCAGUCGCAGCUUCCGGCCGUCGCUGGUGCUGAGUGCAGAGGCGCAGACAGAACUGGGGACCGAUGGGGAGGCAAGCGGUGGCCGAAGCGUCCCUCGGCUGUCCAGUGGCUGCAAGACGGACGACUUCUCUAUUUUGCUGCCUGUGUUGGAUCUGGCCAACCACGAUCCGACAGCGAGGGCGACGUGGGAGGCGACGUCUGCCCACCUGGCCGACGGAAGCGCGUCUGGUCAUGAGGCAGCAUCCGUGACUGGUGUGAGCUUCCGCGUCCAGCAGCGAUAUGCACCUGGACAGCAGGUGUUCAAUAACUACGGCAUGAAGACCAACAGCGAGCUGCUGCUGGGCUACGGGUUCGUGCUGCCUCCAACGGCGACCCUGCACAACGACUACGUCCAUCUGCGGAAGCGAGGAGCAUCGGCUGCGGUCGCUGGGACGGAGGCCGGCACAGGUCAGCCGCGGGACUUUCUACUCUCGCUACGACCAAUGGAUGACUCCAGCUCCGUCGUGGGCGCCUCACGGCAGUGGCCGCGGCGCACGACCGUGGCUGGCGGCCUGCCCUCUGCAUUCUCCCGCUUCGAGGACGCACUACUGUGGGACCUGUGCUCGCAGAUGUGGACAGAGGCAGACAGGCAGCAGACACUGGGACUGGAGCCAGGUAUGGAGGUGUCUAUGGAUGCGAUACCGCUGGAGCAGCGGACCGCUGUUCUUGACCGUGUCUUCGCCGCAGCAUCGCCAGAACAGUUGAGUCCGUUCUCCGAACUCGAGGACAGGGCGCGCCAGACGCUCUUUGCAAAGGUGGCCAUGGACUAUGAGCGACUGGCUGAGGGUGAGCAGUAUGUGGCCGAGGAAGAGGAUGUCGAUGCGAGCGAGCGAGCAAACUGGCAGCUGGCGCAGGCCUAUCGACAGCAGUACGGAGCAGUACUGAUCAAUGCUUUAAAGACACUUGACCCAGAAGUCGAGUUAGUGGAAGCACCCUGA